AUCCCCUCUCUGACCUCAAACCCCCAUUCUCCAAUCCAUCGCCAUGGCGACCUCCUCCUCCCUCUCCUUCCUCUCGCCUCACCCCGCCCCUCCCCACCGUCUCCACCUCCUGAACCCCACCACCAAGCCCGCCGCGCCCCGUACACCGGCCACACAAUGCGCUCUCGCCGCCGCGGCGGCGGCGGCGCCGAAGUCACUCCCGCCGCCGAAGCUGGUGCGCUGCCCGGCGCUGGACCGGCAGGCGGCGCGCGCGAACCGCCUCCGCUUCGCCCGCAAGCUCCUCACCCUGCUCCUCUCCAAGCCCCGGCGCUUCCUCCCGCUCCGCGUCCUCCGCCGCUGCCACCGCUACCUCGGCCUCCCGCGCCGCCGCCCGCUCGUCCCCUUCGUGCUGCGCUACCCGACGCUCUUCCGCCUCUUCCAGGCGCCCACGUCGCGCCCGCUCUCGCCCAAUAUCUCCACCCUCGCCGUCGCGCUCACCCCGGCCGCGGAGGCGCUCGCCGCCGACCUCGCCGCGCUCCGCGGCUCCGAGCUCGCGCCGCGCCUCGCCGACAAGAUCCACCGCCUCCUCCUCAUGACCCCCGGCCGGAGCCUCCCUGUCUCCAAGGUUGCUCACCUCGCUCCCGAUCUCGGCCUCGCCAUGGACUUCCGUGCCACGCUCUGCCCACGCCAUCCCGACCUGUUCACUUUCGUGCACACCUCCCACGGCCACGCCCUCCAGCUUGCCGACCCACCGCCGCCGCCGCCGCCUCCGCUCCCCCCUUUCCGCACGGCGGCGCCUUCCGACCGCCUCAUCGACAGGCCACGGAGGUUCCCCCACCUCCAUCUCCGGCGAGGACUCAACCUCCGCCGUGCACACCGGGAUUACCUCUUGUGGUUCCAUAGCCUACCCGAGGCGUCGCCAUUCGAGCCGCUGGAAGAUGGCGCCAGCUUGGAGAUGGUGGAGCGCAGGGCGUGUGCGGUGGUCCGGGAGGUCCUGGCCAUGACCGUGGAGAAGCGAACGCUGGUUGACCAUCUCACACACUUCAGGCGUGACUUUGGGCUGCCGAACAGGCUGCACGCAAUGCUAGUGCGGCAUCCGGAGCUGUUCUAUGUGAGCAUCAAGGGAUUGCGCCACUCGGUUUUCCUUGUCGAGGCAUUCGACGACGAUGGCAGGUUGCUAGUGGAGGAUGACAUGCUUGUUGGGAGGGAUCGGCUUGAGGAGCUUGUCCGUGAGGGGAAGCGGAUGAGGCGGGCUAAGAAGAAGGGCCUUCUUGCUCUUGCUGGUGAUAGUGAUCAGGAUGAUGACGAAGAGGAGGAAGAAGAGGAUGAUUUGGGGGAGGUGGAUGGUGAAUCUGGGGACUUGUUCAAGGAUGGUAGCAUUGGAGAAGACUGGGAGGAGGUGGGUGAUCAAGGUGAGGCGAGUGAUGAUGAUGAUGAUGCUGAAUUGGAUGCAAUGGAGGAGUUUUGGGUGAAGAAAGCUGUGGCAGAGGGUUUGGUUGACAGUGGGAGCGAAUUGGAUGCUUGGUGAGGUGCAUUAUAACAGUCUGAUGAUCUGAUGUAUUUGCAUGCUUGUGAAGAUUUUGCUGACCAAGAAUUGCUCAAGUGCAUUCUUCUUAGUGGUGUACAGAAGAUAGAAACCAUUAGCAGAUAACCUUUCUUGUCUAUUGGAGUUCUGUCUUUUUAUGAGGUAAAGGUGUGUUCUUCCUGGCUUUGGUUCCAGUGGAGGGAGUUAUGCAUUUAGAAUUUUUAUCUAGCUAUUUGCACAAAGAUAGAUAUUCCUUUGAAUUAUAGAAUGAAUGAAAGGAUUUCCUCUGUGACCUGAAACAUAAGUUACACGAUUCUGGUGAUUGAAAAGUUCAGCUUAUCUUCCUAAUUGCUAUACUGAACUGGUUAAAUAUGG